GCACGUGGGAGAGCGGCCGGAGCGUAGCGCUACCGGGCCGGGCUGGGCCGCGGGGUGAGGCUGGGGUUGGGGGGGGGGGGAACAGCAGCGGCGGCGGCAGUUCAAGGACUCUGCAUCCCGACAGUCACCGAGGAACUGGCGUAACUACUUCACAUCUCUAGGAUGGCAAUCCACUUCCGCACACUCUUACCUUUGGCAUUGCCUGGAAUGUUGGUGAUCCUUGGCUGGUGGUGGUUUUUCUCUCGAAAAAAAGAACAAGUCAGCAACAGUGACAAGUUGGCGGAGGCAAGUGCCGUAGCACUGAAGGCUAGCCCUGUCAUCAAGGAACGGCUCCCCAUGGAAGAGUCUUCUCCUGGCAUUGUGAUUACACCCCCCAGUGUCCCACAGUCUCUAGAAAAGGAACAGUCCACUGCAGGCGUGCCUUCCGUGGAGCCCUCAGCCUUGCUGCGGAUGCACAUGGUCUGUCGCAGGUCAGAAUCCUCAAGCAGCCUUCCUAACACCAUAGACACAAGAUUGCAGCCAGGAACGCUCAGAGACGACAGUGCAAAGGUGGAACUCUCCCUGAUGGGUGAUGAAGUGAAACCCGUUCCUCCCGAGCAUCCCCUCCCACCCACAAAGGAUGUGCCAUUUCCCCAUGAAGCGGUUGAAGUGGGCAAGCAAGAGUCCGAAUUGGGAAAGGCAUCAGGGAAUGGCUGGCCCAGCCAAUCUGUGGUCCCUGCAGAGAAGCAUGGCCCUGGGGAGAAGGCGAGAGAGACGGGCAGGGCUGAGGGGACUGGCGAUGCAGUGCGGGGAGAGAGCGUGCUUGAAGAAGGUCUGUUAUCCCAGGAGUAUGUCCCAGAACUGGAGAGCAGCAAGGUCCUCGGCCUGGCCCCCUUGGGAGGUGGGGGAGAGAAGGGAAGUGGGGGCUUGCACCAAGUGGGCAAGCCCCUGCAGAAGGAAGAGCGUGUAGGAAAGACGCUGAGCAAUGUGGAGUCGGCUCGCCCAGAGUUGGCGGAGGAGGAGACCCAGGUCACCCAGGUCAGAGAUGGCCAAGUCUGUGAUGGAGACGUGGGCAAAGAAGAAACCUUGGAUAAAAAUGAGCAGAUUGAGAAGGCUGCCUUCCAGAUCAUCUCCCAAGUGAUCUUGGAAGCGACUGAAGAGGUGCUGGCUACCACAGAAGGCAAGACGGCAGGCCAGGCCCAUCAAGCUUCCACCACCAAACCUCAAGGGCAGGAGGAAGAGAGCAGGGCCUCAGUCAGCCAGAAAACUCUCCUGGGGCAAGACGCUACAAAGCCUGCUACAGCCACAGCAGGGACAGCCAACAGUCCACUAGACCCUUCCCUGGCCUUGCCCGGCCAGCCAGCAGAGGACCUGCCACCGCCAAAGACCUAUGUGAGCUGCCUGAGCAGCCCUCUCUCCAGCCCCACCAAAGAGGGGAAGCCAAAGAACUCCGCACACCCCAUCUCCCUGGCAGCCUGUCCCCCACCAGCUGCCCCCUUAGUAGAGUCAGUGGAUGAGACAAGCAUCCUGGGAAGAGAUGCCACGUGUGUCACCUGCAUGUCCAACAACAGCCAGAGUGUUCCCUCCACGGCCUCCCCUGGGCAGUGCUCAGAUUCAGGGCUUGACGACUGUUGCACAGAGAACAACUCGAGCUCCAGGGACAAGACCGUCAGCCCGCCGCUGCCAGACAGUACUGGGCCCUUCAGCAAUGGGGUGCUGAAGGGGGAGUUAUCAGACUUGGGGGCUGAGGAUGGAUGGACCAUGGACGCGGAAGGAGAUCACUCGGGAGGUUCUGACAGGAACAGCAUGGAUUCGGUGGAUAGUGGGUGUGGGCUCAAGAAGUCUGACAGACUCCAAAAUGCCCAGGCAGACUCCAACCCUAAGAAGGUAGACCUCAUCAUCUGGGAGAUCGAGGUGCCAAAGCACUUGGUGGGCCGGCUGAUUGGCAAGCAGGGCCGCUACGUGAGUUUUCUGAAGCAGACGUCUGGUGCGAAGAUCUACAUCUCCACACUGCCUUACACCCAGAACAUCCAGAUCUGCCAUAUCGAAGGCUCCCAGCAUCACGUGGACAAAGCUCUGAGCUUGAUUGGAAAGAAGUUUAAGGAAUUGAACCUCACCAAUAUCUAUGCCCCUCCGUUGCCUUCCCUGGCGCUGCCUUCUUUACCAAUCACAUCCUGGCUCCUGCUCCCUGAUGGCAUCACUGUGGAGGUGAUUGUGGUCAACCAGGUCAAUGCUGGGCAUCUGUUUGUACAGCAGCACACACACCCCACCUUCCACGCCUUGCGCAGUCUGGACCAGCAGAUGUACCUCUGCUACUCUCAGCCUGGAAUCCCCACCCUACCCACCCCCGUGGAAAUCUCCGUCAUCUGCGCUGCCCCUGGUGUGGACGGGGCCUGGUGGCGAGCUCAGGUGGUGGCCUCCUAUGAGGAGACCAACGAGGUGGAGAUUCGCUACGUGGACUACGGUGGAUAUAAAAGGGUGAAAGUAGAUGUGCUCCGGCAAAUCAGGUCGGAUUUUGUGACCUUGCCAUUCCAAGGAGCAGAGGUCCUUCUAGACAGCGUGAUGCCCCUGUCAGAUGACGACUAUUUUUCACCUGAAGCGGAUGCAGCUAUGAGCGAGAUGACAGGAAAUACAGCACUGCUUGCCCAGGUGACAAGUUACAGUCCAACUGGCCUGCCCCUCAUCCAGCUGUGGAGCGUGGUUGGAGAUGAAGUGGUGUUGAUAAACCGGUCACUGGUGGAGCGAGGCCUUGCACAGUGGGUCGACAGCUACUACGCCAGCCUUUGACUCUGGCCCCCAAAGCCACUUCUUGAGUCUUUUUUUGCACUGUUGGAAUUUGGCUUGGCACUCAAGACAAAAAAUUUAACAUCAGAGUAACAACAAACAUUGUGUUUGUGAAUCCUCUUUGUCCCCCGUUCUGUAGUCUGUUGGAGACGUGGCUCCUUCCAGAGGAGCUGUGGGUUCUCAGAGCCAUAGGCUGGUGCUUCACGAGCCAACUGGUUUACCCUCAGUUCUAAACUCUUUCAAAAGAAGUGAAGGGAAGCCUGAGCCCCCUCCGUGCCCCCCAUCCAUACCCACACAUAGUGGGGGGCAGACAAGUGGGGUGGGGGUGGGGACCAGCUUGGGUUUCUUUUGCUUCAGAGUCUUCCUUCAGGGCGCCAGACAUGAACUGAUUGGUAUGGAUCCCCUGUGCAGCUCCCAGAAAUGAAAUGAUGGCGCUUAGCCCAUUUUUUACAUACUCCCUUGGGUCUGUAGGAACCCAGACUUUUUAAUGCAGAUGUAAAUACAGAGCAGUUGUCACACCUGGCCCCCAGUCAGGGGAGGGGAAUGAUCACCUUGCCAAGCCUGGUUGUAAUUUGUAACCAUUUUCUAUUUGUGCAAAUUCUGUAAAUAGAUGUUUAAAAAAUGUAAUAUUUUGUAUAAGACACACUGGAGAACAAAGGGAACGCGAGGUUUUCCACACCACACACUUGGCUGGUAAGUGGGAGCUAAUCCUGGAGCGGGGUGCCCUGCCUGGCGCUGCGGCCAGGGCCCACGGCUUCCUGCCUACCGCAUGGGGACUGGGUGGGAGGGGCUCUCAUUUGGGGAGUUUUUGCUGUACACAUUUGUUUAAAAAAAAAAAAAGUAACUCAUUGAAUUACCUUACAGUGGUAUCGUUUGAUUCUUUUUUAGACUGGCUUCAGCAUUGUGCAAUUUAAGGAUAAGUAACUUAAGUAACAUGAACUUAUAUAAAUCUUGAAUUGUAUUAACUAGA